GUCUGCUGACGAGCUGGUACGGACUGUAUCCACAAAACAGUACAGCACCGAAUUUUAAUCAUUUUUAGUCUUAAACUCCCGUUUUUGAGGCAGCUUUUUUUGAACCUCGUCAAUCCAAUCAGGCAGACAGACGACUCGACCUGAAUUACAGACAGAAUGGAUCAUUCCCCCACAACCAGCAGCCUGAUGGCCAGCAACGUCACCAACAAGACGGAUCCGCGUUCGCUGAACUCCCGGGUCUUCAUCGGGAACCUCAACACCAUGCUGGUGACCAAGGCUGAUGUGGAGGCCAUCUUUAGUAAGUACGGGAAGAUCGUGGGCUGCUCCGUGCACAAAGGCUUCGCGUUCGUCCAGUACGUUAAUGAGAGGAACGCCAGAGCAGCGGUCGCGGGUGAAGAUGGGAGGAUGAUCGUUGGACAGGUGCUCGAUAUUAAUCUGGCUGGUGAGCCAAAACCUCAUCGUUCAAAGACUAUCAAACGCUCUGCAGGAGAUAUGUACAGCAGCUCCUCAUUUGAUCUGGACUAUGACUUUCAGAGAGAUUACUAUGACAGGAUGUACUCGUACCCGUCGCGUGUCCCCCCUCCUCCUCCUCCUCCGCUCUCGCGGCCGGUGAUUCCCUCCAAACGGGCGCGAGUGAGCGUGAGCGCCGGCGGCAGCCGCAGGACCAAAACCAGCUUCUCCUCCAAGAGCAGCCAGCGCACGUCCCGCACCAUGAGAGCUGACGAUCUACAAACUAUUAAGAAAGAACUGACUCAGAUUAAACACAAAGUGGACUAUCUGCUGGAGAGCCUGGAGCGCAUGGAGAGAGACCACAGCAAGAAAUCCGAGGUGAAGAGCUCUAAACCAGAUGAAGCCUCCCCGCAGCACUCCAGCGGGAAGAAAGAGCGCGACAGCACAGAAAUGAACGACUACGAGGACGAGGGAGACCUGCUGGAGGAAGAGGAGAUCAAGAGUCGAGGAAGGGAGGAUGAUGAGGAGGAAGAAGAGGGAGAGCAGGAGGAAGGAGAGGAUGAUGGAGACAGCACCAACGGAGACCAUUCUUAAACGUGACCGACACGGACACACAUGCAUGCUCACCGUGAGAUAUAGAGUAGAUCCUCUGACCUUUAAAGCACCCUUAGUUUUAUUUUAGGAGUCCAGAACAAUGACUAAGACUCAUCAUGAAAAUGAAUCUCUGCUUUACAAGUGACACUCAAUCGCCUGAACCCCGACUUCAGCCACCGUACUCUGAGAUCUCGUCAUCCUUGACCAAAUCUGCAUUUAAAAAAAAAUGGUUGAAUGGUGAAGUUUUCUGCUUUAGGAUUGAGAAACUACUUUUAAUUGCAGUGAAAUCUCCUUCAUUGCUGUGACACUGUGGCAUCACCAUGCCAAGCUGUUUUAAUACUGCCAACCCGAAAGAUUAGAUGUGUUUGCAUAAUAUAUGGAGGAGGAGCUAGUUAGAAGUGCUAUGAUUGGAUUUUACCAAAACUGUUAUAGUUUGUGCUUGGGUGAAGGUUAGAGCAAAAAAAAAUAACUAGUUUUGUAACUUGGCAACCCAUUAAAGACAAACUCCGUAUAUGUGUGGAUAUGAGUAAUAAUCAACAUCGUUAACUACUAAUGUAGGUCUACUAGGUGAUUGACACAUUGAUGAGCCAAUCAGAAUGCAUCGAAUUUGGAGAUUACAACUCCUAAAGAGACACUAACAUGCAUUUUGUACAUGUAACCUUGUUAAUUGGUUUGCACCAAUUGGAUUGUAAAGCCUAGAAAACAAUCGCAUUCCCACUCCAGGCACGUCCAGGUCCUUCUCAUCUGUUUUAAGAUCUUAAACCGCUGCAGGAGUUACGGUGGUGAUAAUGGUGGCUGGGGUUUGGGAAGGUUCUGCCGUGGUCUUGAGGAUGCGCUUUAAUACACGUGAAUGUCCGUCUUCACCAAUGCUUUUCUUGAUUCUUGUGGUUGUGAGACCCUUCUGUGCAGGGUUCUGUUAAUCCUCAUCAUUUCCCCAACACAUACUAGACAAUUAUUAGAUCAUUUUUGCUCAAAGUAGUCUUGGAUUGCUCUCCAGUUGAGUCCUGAAGCUUUUGACGGACCCUGAACUAUCUGAACUCAUCCGGCAGGAGUUCAUUGCUUGCGUUGGUUCAGGCGCAGCAAUGUACCUCUAGGACUCCUUUGGGUAAUAAAUGUAGAGUUACUCAUCCCGACCAGUGGGCGGCAGUGUGGCCCAGUUCUGUUAUUUAACCUCUCAGAAAUACUGCUUGAUUGAACUGUUUUAUAUUCCUUAUGGGGUCCCUGAGUUUGUGUGAAUACGUUCGGAUUGUACAGUCAACGUCAUUUUACCCGUGGGUUUGUAUCUGUGUACAGUGACACUAAGUGAGUUUGCUUCUGAUAAAUACAAGCUGUGUUUGUUGCCGUUUCGUUUUCAUUUGUUCUGUUUUCUGUUUGGUCUGUGUAAUAAGUUUCAAUAAAUCUACAAAUGUC